AUUUUCGAGUCUGCUUCCCCAUAUCUCCACGAACGCCCAACGGCCUUCUUAUUUCUCACUAUCUUGUUUUCUCGGAGAGGUAGAAGUCGUUGCUCCUUUGUAUUACUAUAAUGGCUUCUCUUGCUCCAUCCCUCAAGCGGGCACAUGCCCCUCUUCGCAAAGCGCUGAGCGCUACGCCUACACUUAGAACUUUCGCCACUGUACCUCCGAGUGGCAGCGAGCCCGGUAAACCUCGACGAAAGAGUUAUUUCAAGGACACAGCAGUCUCAGACUUCUCCGAUUUCCUUGCGACGUCGUCUCCAGCCCAGCCGCUGUCUCCAGCAGAGGCUUACUCUCUGAAGACUGCCGAAGUCGGCCCUGAGGGCAAGAAGCGAACCAUCACACGACUGCCAGAAUGGCUAAAGACACCGAUCCCCGCCGGCAACGAUAACUUCAAGAGCAUCAAGAAGGAUCUACGAGGAUUGGGAUUACACACCGUCUGCGAGGAGGCUCGAUGUCCCAACAUUUCAGAAUGUUGGGGCGGUUCAGAUAAGAAUGCUGCGACAGCUACUAUUAUGCUCAUGGGCGACACAUGCACCAGAGGAUGCCGUUUCUGCAGUGUAAAGACAAAUCGCAACCCUGCUGCAUUGGAUCCCCACGAGCCCGAGAACACUGCAGAGGCCCUGGCCAGGUGGGGUCUUGGCUAUGUCGUGCUGACCAGCGUGGACCGUGACGAUCUGGCAGACGGUGGUGCGAAACAUUUUGCUGAGACAAUCCGAAGAAUUAAGCAGAAGAAGCCUUCAUUGCUCGUUGAAGCUUUGACUGGCGAUUUCCGAGGAGACUUGGAUAUGGUCAAGGUUGUGGCUGAGAGUGGACUCGACGUUUAUGCGCACAAUGUUGAGACCGUUGAGGACCUCACUCCGUAUGUGCGAGACCGCAGAGCUACUUUUAGACAGAGCUUGUCUGUGCUGAAGCAUGUCAAGGAUGUUAUGGGCAAGGACGGUCCUAUCACUAAGACCAGUCUGAUGCUUGGUCUUGGUGAGCAGGAGCAUGAGAUUAUGGCUGCGCUAGAGGAACUUCGAAAGGCUGAUGUUGAUGUUGUCACAUUCGGUCAGUACAUGCGACCUACCAAGCGUCAUCUGAAGGUCGAGAAGUACGUGACUCCGGAUGAGUUCGAGAUGUGGCGCAAGCGAGCUCUGGACAUGGGUUUCCUGUACUGUGCCAGUGGACCUCUCGUGCGUUCUUCAUAUAAGGCUGGUGAAGCCUUCAUUGAGAACGUUUUGCGCAAGCGCUCUGGUGAGAAGGCUAUGGCCAGUGGAAAUCUUAGCCAAACCGUUGCUCUCGACUCAACACAGUCGACGAUCUAAACAGAUCACUGUACUCCUACUUUCACCUCAACCACACCACACUACACUAAAUAAUCAUGGGCUAUGACCGUAUCGGAAGGCGUUUUGGGAUAGGGUCAGAUAUUCAACUAGAAAAGCAUGGUCUUCAACAAGGCUGCUGCGACCUUGUCGCACACUCACAUACAAUACAAUCACUCACCCCUAGCGGGUUGUACAUCAA